GAAAUAUGGGAGAACUUUGUAAACUUUAAUCUCACAGUGAAAAAGGGCACAGCCUUUUCGGCCGUGAAUUGUUCAUUUUUAUAAAGGGCAUUACGGCCAGUUAUAGGGGCAUCGACGGCCUGGCCGUCGAUUACUUUAAGCCCUGCAUACUUGACAGGCGAGUAUUCAUAUUAAAACUUAUAUGUACAGAAAGUGCACAUCGUCGACUGUCUGAAAAAAGGCAUGAGAUCGCAUGCCACUAUGUACGUAUGCGCAGUAAACUCCAUGUUUGAGGAGCCGGCCAGACAGAGGAGAUUCCACUUGCGCACGGCCAAUGCAGCCAAAACCAGUGCUCGCGAUGCGGCAGCAUACACACAUACCUACAGUAACAUAAUUAACAGUUAGAUCUAGAUUGAGUCUGACUCUAACAUGUGUAACGUUAAUUAUUGAAUAGCAAAUCAAAUAUAGCAAAUCUAACAAAAAAUGCUGAUGCUAUAGUGUUCUGUGUAGCCAGGAGGCUCCUAGAGAGUAAAAAUUAUUUUCUAACGAGUAACGUAUGCUCCACGGAGCCAGGAAUUCCUUCCCAUUCAUCUGCAUGUACCGCCAAGAAACCUGAAACUUUCGCCCCCAAGAUUUCUACUUUCCUUCUAAAAGAUCUAGCCCUAAAUCAUGUAGGUGGGAUACAACUUUAUUUCCAACAUUUCUACGCUAUCGAUUUUUAUUUUUUAACAAGAAUUCAUCAAAAAAAUGAGAAAAAUAUUAUCAAAAGACGGAAGAGACUUGCCCAAUGUUUACGCCGCCAUCUUGUUUCCUAUUGUUCUUCCCCAACGUUACAGACACGUGCGUGUAUUAUAAAAUACUUUUGAAAUCUCUGCCAAAGAAAAACUAGCACAUUGAGGAUGUGGAGCUCAUCCGGCAUCUUGCAAAGAAAUUUCGCACAAUUUUUAAUUUGACACUGUAGUGAAUUAAUUACAUGCAUAUUGGUGACAUAAAUUGAUGAGUAAAUUUUCAGUUUCCAGAAACAGUACCCCGGGAGAAUAACAAGUUUCCUAGUGGUAAUUGCUAAACUAGCUAACUUUUUCCUUUUCUAUCCUCUUUAUAACAGAAUAGAGACGAAUCAUGUCAAGGUACCAGAGCAGAAGAGGGUUCUCCCCAGUUCCUUUAAGUUGCAAAGUGUAUGUAGGAGAUUUGCCAUCAGGAGCCAGUCGCACAGAUAUAGAGGACGCAUUCAUGAAGUAUGGGCCUGUCAAGAAUGUCUGGGUCGCUAGGAAUCCUCCGGGCUUUGCUUUUGUAUUUUUUGAAGACGAUCGCGAUGCUAAAGAUGCUGUCCACAACCUUGACAAUUCAUAUCUCUGUGGAAGAACGAUUCGAGUGGAGCUGUCCUCAGGCGAAAAAAGGUCUCGAGAUCGUGGUCGAGGUUAUGGUGGUGGUGGUGGUGGUGGUUUUGGUGGACGUAGAAACAUUGAAAAUGAACGAUGCUAUGAGUGUGGUCAGAGGGGUCACUUUGCAAGAGACUGCCGUGAGAAGAGGGGAAGAUCUCCAGGUGGUUACAGGGGUAGUAGACGCUACUCAAGAUCCGUUUCUAGGUCUCGAUCUCGAAGCCCUCGACGAUCUCGAAGCCCUCACCGAUCUCGAAGCCCUCGCCGAUCUCGAAGCCCUCGCCGCCGUCGUGUUUCCAAAAGCCCUCCCAGAUACAGGAGUCGCAGCCGCAGCCGAAGCCUUAACCGAAGCGGAAGCUAUAGCCAAAGCCGGAGCCAUGUUAGAAGCAGGAGCCGUUCAAGAUCCUAAGCAGUCUGGCAAGUAUUGAGAAUCAACGCUUGAGCAGAAUCUGGGUAUUGGAUUAUGGAUUGUAUAUUGAAUCCCACAUAGGAUUUGAAUCUGUAAAUAGGAUUUUCAUUUUCCAUUUCAAGUUUUAUGGUUGAGAUUAUUGAGACAAAAUAUUGCUGUCAACAAUAUAUGUAGCUUUUUGCUAACUAAAUAAACAUUCACAACAUUUCAGAGUAGAUAUUGAGGAAGACAAACAUGUUUAAAUUGCUAUGUAUAGCAAUUUAAACAUAUUUUUCUUCCUUGCACUUCCCAGUGUUCUUGACCUUCGUAUGUUUUUUUUUUUUUGGGGGGGGGGUUCAAUUUGGAAAUCCUCUUCUUGGUAGCUAGUAAUUAAAAGUAUUUGUCUUGAAUUUGGAUUAUCUGGCAACCACAGCAUCCGGCCGACCUAUUAAGAGAUGCAUAUAUCACUCAUGUAAGAACAAUUUUCCUUCAUUAUUACAUCAGAGCCCCGUCUUACAAAGAGUUACGAUUGAUCCGAUCAACCACAACUAUCUGGAAAUCCAUCUGUGUCAUGAUUUUUCUCACAAAAAAUCUGCGCAAUAUCCUGUGUAAAGAGGAUCGCACUGAAUUGUUAAUGAAUAUACAACGUUAUCUAGGAAAUGUGGAACUAACUAACUGCUUUUUAGAUGAUGACGUUGCUGGAUUUCCAUAGUUGUGAUUGAUUAGAUCAAUCAUAACUCUUUGUAAGAUGGGGCCCAGUUCUUCCUGAGUCAAAUAAGUUACAGAUGAGCAAGUGACGCUAGUUUGUCCGAAAGGAUCUUGAAGGAUAUUGGAUUCCCACACAAUCAGAGGAAUUUUUCAGCCUUUGCAAAUUGUCAUUACAGGUAUAUGUUAUAUUCAGAGGUACAUCAAUUGUAUGUACAUGACCUAUCUUUACGUGUAUGUCAGUACAUGUAUGUGUGCAAAUUAUUUUCAAAACUAUGUUACUAGAAAUUAUGGUUACAUGUAUGCUCUGAUAUUUUGAAGUUGCCUGUGAACACUAGGAACUCACGAGAAUCUAUUUAGUGAAAUGUUGAAUGCUCACUAGUUUGAUUGUGAUUAUUCCACAUGUUAUGUGAUGUUAGAAAUUACUGAAUAAAAUGUUUAGUCAGAUUUUGGCUCUAUCUAUGUAGUCAGUAAUAAUUUGCCAAACAGUUUUAUUGCAUAUUUUCUUUGUGCACCAUAUCCAUUGUGUAGCUGCUGAUCCUGAUGAUGUGAAGUCAAUGUUAUCUAUCAAUUUGUGGUGUAUGAAAGGCAAAGCUAUUUUUCAUACCCACAUAGUUAAGUACAUUCAAGGCUUACUCUCUACAGGUUUAAAUAAUUCCAUCCAAGAGUAUGCUACUAAUUUGCUUCAUAUAAUUUCUCUCAUUUUAAAGAAAUCAGUUUCAUUUGAUUUUUAUUUUGUUGGGCUAAGGAAAUUUGCAAAAUGAUACAAAAGAUGAUAUGUCAAUGUGUUGUAUUAUCACCUUUUGUUUUUACAACUGCACCGCUGGUCAAAAUGUAAUCAUGUGAAUUGAGUUCUUAUUAUGUUUCACUGAAAUGGUACACUGAGGCUUAUCAAUAUAUAUGUGUUUGCCUGCCAUAACCGGACCUCCAUGUAUCUAGGAGACUAGGAUAGGUGGGAUUAUGGUGACUUUCAAAUUCAACUCCCCCCUUUAAUACAUGCUUACAGACCCCAAUUUUAAUUGUUUUUCUGUUUUUAAAUUCAUUUUUAUAUAUAUAAACAAAGUAAAGUCGGAGCCGCCAACUGUUAAAAUAAAUCAUUAUUGUAGUAUUUUACAAAGUUAUUGAUACUCUCUCUGUAAUAAUAAAUGGGUAAUUCACAUAUUGAAUACACACAUUAGCAUAAGAACAUAUGAUCAUUUGUAAAUUCUCAAAUGGAUAUACAUAUACAGUAUGCAGAGGUGAGGUAUAAUAUAUCAAUGAAUGCACAUUUUACAGCAUAUUUGAUGACAUCAAACAUCCACGUUAUAGAUAAGAUGGUUAUGAAUUAAUGACAGGAACCUUCAAACAGUUUAGAUCCAUCACUGUCGUAAUGUGUAAGACACAAUCAUCCCAGAAAUUCAGAAAGGCAAUCUGAAAUUAUGUACGCAUUGCAGGUGGACAUGGGCGGCGAUUUCUUGAAAUUUAUGGUCUAUAUUUUUUACCCCAUAUUGUUAGUAUAUCCAAUGUUUGUGGCUCCGUUUUGAAUUUCUCCUUAGCAAGGAGAGUGUAACUGAUCAAUCAUACACAUUUCAUAUGACCUAUCUUAGUAUCUUAAAGUAAAAUUAAUUAAAUCAGUAGAUGCUUCGCAAAGAGCGAAGUGUGAGUGGCUUAAUAUCAGUACAUCACCACAUGGGUCAGAUUAUGCUUUAAGGAUGUGCUUUACUGUGCAUUCAUCAUUAAGACUAUGUUUCUUGUCGUGUACUCACUUAUUCUUUUUUUUUAAUCCCCAUGAGGUAAAGCUUUGACACUGAAAUGAGAAAUACUAUUUAAAUUGUCAUUGAUAUGUAUGUCAUCUAUUCUCGGUUUUGGUGAAAUGUGACAUAUUUAUUCAUCAUUGAUGUAUACAAUUGUAUGUCGGCUUUGCAGAAACGAGAUGUACUAUUUAUUCCUCAUUGAUCAGCUUGACUUUGGUAAGGAAGCUACAUCCAUGUAUUCUCCCAUUUUGGCUCACUGUUAACUUGUCUCUUUUUAUUGCAUUGUUUUACAUGUUAUCUCUGAAUCCAUGCCAUUCCUUCGUAAUAUGAAUAACAACAUCUACUGGUAUGUAUUUGUGCAGUUUGAGUUAGAUUUUUUUUGAUGAUUUUAAUAUUAAAUGCUUCGUUUCCUAA